AUAAGAUGAGCUGUGAAGGCUCUGUUUUGAAUGUCUUUUUUUUUUUUUUUUUUUUUUUUUUUUUUUUUUUUGGCAAAAAGGGGCAAUUUCCAAACUUCAAACUCCUGAUGCGCAAUCAUGUCUGGUAACCAAUGUCGGAUUGCUCUUACAACCCGGACAGUGACCACCGGCAGGCCGGCAUCCUGGCGCGUUUACCCGCUCUGUUCCUGAGUCCGACGGAGUCCAACGUCUCCACUCCAGCCAAAGAAAAGGCCACAGAUCACGCCACUUUUGACGCAUCCCAGGUUGGCACGAGCGGCAACCCCAUCACAUCACCGAGGCAUAUCCGCCCGACCGACGAAAGGGAGCAUAAGAACGGCGGUGACCCCCCGAGCGCUGGCUGA